ACUAAUUGUUGUUUCCCUUACUCCUGCUCAAAAACAACGACACCACAGUCGAAGCAAAGACAACAAUGGCGGAGGUGAGAGAAUGGAUAACCACCGACGAGACGGCGGAAACCUACUUAUCUAGGGUUUCCACCUCUCGUCCUCCGCUUCUUCUUCCGCCGCUUCACCGCCUUCCUCUUCGUCCCGGCAAUGUCGUCGAAAUCGUCGGCCCUUCUCCCUCCGCCAAAACUCACAUUCUUCUUCAGGUUGCGAUUGAAUGUAUUUUGCCGAAGGAGUGGAAAGGUGUGAGUUAUGGAGGGCUUGAGAAAUCGGUGAUGUUUAUUGAUUUGGAUUGUCGCUUUGAUGUUUUGCGUCUUCUUCAGCUUCUAAAAUUGAGGAUUUCUAGUUUUCAUCAAGUGAAAAACGAGCUACACUCUGCCAGAGAUUGGACCUGUGAUGAGGAACUAAUUCACAACUGUUUGGAGCGCUUCCUAUAUGUUCGUUGUUAUGAUAGUUUAGAGUUUCUUGCUACGCUGAAGACAUUAAAUUAUCAACUUCAGACCAAAAGUAAGAAGCUUGCUUCAAGAGUCUGCUUCUUGAUGAUUGACAGUAUAGGAGCUUACUAUUGGGUUGACCGUGCUUCAACAUCCAUGCCUCUUGCGUCAAAAAAUAGGAAAUUAUUCUCUCUUCAAAGUGUGAUAGAAGCUGUAGUCUGUGAGAUACAAAAUUGUCUGCGGGUGCAACCAAUGCUUGUUUUGGCUACAAAAGCUACAAUAUUCGGUGAUAAGCCUGUAACCAAUGACAUGAAAAGUUGCCAUUUGAACAGGCCAUUCAGAAAGUGGUCUUCACAAGAUGCAUCUGGUCAACACACUAUAGAAAGCAGUGCUGAGAAUAUAUUGCACCGUGAAUAUAUGCCUUCGGCCUGGCAGUCCUUUGUUACACAGAGGAUAUCGGUUCGACCAUCAAGUUCAGAAUACUGUGCCAGUAAUUAUGACACUACUGAUGAGCAAGUUUACUUAGCACAAUGGUUGCUGCCACCACUAGGCUUCAAAGACAAGUUUGUGAUUAAAGAUGCUGGCAUAUCAGCUGUUCCUUAAUAUUGAUGUACGAAGGCCAAAGCCAUGGAAGUUAGUUACGGAUCUCAUGAUCUUGGGGUAUAAAAUGCGCUUUGGACAUUGCUAGUUUUGUGACUUUUGUUGAUUUAGAGAAAGAAACUAGCCUUUGUAUGAGGAGCCGAGUUUUCUGAUAUCGGGGCUGUUCUAACCUUUGUUUGCUAGAGCAUGGGAAUUGGACAAAUUCAACACGUCAAGCAAAAGCAGGAUUGUCAAAACUCAUGGAAAAGAUACAAAACAUAUGAAUUGUAAAGUUACGAUCUGUGAUCCUGUUGUGUAUUAUUUUAUGUAAAUACAGACACUUUGACCAGAUAAUCCUGAAAGAGUUUUGUAUUACCCAAGGGACCGGUAGCUUGCAAGUUAUGUUCUUUCAAUAUUCUUCGAGGAUCGGAAACGAAAAGUCUCAUCUUACUGCUUGAAAAUACUUGAGAUUCUUAAUUGAUUCAUUUAGAUGUUAGCAUUUUAUAGUGGUCAAAUAGGAUCAUUUUCGUCCCAAACCCUUCAAAUUAAUUUUUAGUAACGGGAUUUAGAAUUUAAUCCUGUCUAUUUAACCAUAGCUUAUCAACGUAGGCAGGAAAGAUGAUGGAUCUUUUCAUUUGGGGUAAGUAUAAGGAGUAAACUUUCUAUUUGCAGUGCCUUGUGUACCAAGAACAGAAUAUAAAGGGAAUAUGUUUUGAAUUAUAAACGUGUAUUGUAGUACUUC